CUUUGGAAAGGUCGCGAAAAAUCAGUAUGACCGCGGUCGACGACGGCUACCAGCGGGCCCUGCAACGCGUGCAGCUGCGCAGUGCGUUCCACCGAACGGGAUGGUGUCCGAUGCCCAACCUCGUGGUGGCCGGCCGCCCCGUGCUGCUGACGCCGACGAGCACUGGCGGCAUGGCACCAGGCGUUGUCGAGGCCCGGAACGUCCAGGUCGACGCGACGUGGGAGGCCAACCUCGAGCACGCUGUGGCUCCUCUUGUGGCCCACGCCAGUGGCGGCUUUAGUAUUUCGCUUGCCCACGUCGUUGCCACAGCGCCACAUGCGCCGCUACUCACACAGAAGCUCUCGGGCCGUCCCGGCAGCUUCGGCACGCUUGUCGUGCUCCUCGCCAGCACCGAGCCUGGAACGCAGCGAUGGAGCGUCCACUCGCUCGGCAAGACGUUGCAAUGGACCGUGCGCCCUUUGCAGUGGUGUGCAUUCUUUGGCCAUGUCAAGCCGACCGCGCACUGUCUUGGGCGCUGCGUCUGCCUUGUGUACCAUCUCAUGGCGCCACUGCCUCGCCCGUUACCCAUCGAUAACACAGGCGCCAUCCAGGAGUUCAAGGUCCUCGCUCAAGGCCACGUCGGCGACGACCCGUGCCUCAUGUACGUGUGCGCAGGCGCGGCCUUCUCGGCCAAGGACGACGAGCUCGUCGAGGUUCUUCUGGACACCCACCAAUAUGACGUGGCGCGCGCCCACGGCUUCGACACCCCAGAUGGCUUCACGCUGACGCGCGUCACUUGCUACGGACGAUUGAUUCUGCCGCGAAUUCUCCUCGACUGCCUCGAGGGCCGCGUCGUGCGCCGCUGGUUCGGAUCCGAGACCUCCCAGCCGUCGCCAGCUCUUCUCAUCGUGUGGCCACGCAAGGCGCGUUUGCGUCUUUUGAGCAUCCAUAGCGUGCUGGACGCUCUGACGACCACAUGCGGCCAGCGCCAGCUGCAAGCGUGCGCCACGGGCAAAUUUGCCCGACAAGUCGACACGCCAAGUCUUCUCGACCGUAUCCUGCGCAGCUUCCCCAUCACGCCGAUGCUGCACUCGUCGCUCGCACGCAUCUUGGUGGCCAACCACUGCAAAACGACGCUGUGUUUAUUUCUUGCCAAGCAUUUCGUGCCAAGCCACGACGCGGGUGGUCUCUUGACAGCGAUGCUGCGCGUGUACGACGUUUAUGGCUGGACCGCGCUUGGCGCGUCCAUUCUGGCGAUGGUGCAGCGCUGCCACGCGCAGCUCGAGCACGUUGUGUCGAUGCUGUACGUCCUCUCUCGCCUUUCGGUGCGCCACCUCUUUGGCCACGCCGAGUACUUGAAGGCAGCGUACACGGCGUGCCUCGGCCACCUCAAGAUGCGUGUCGAGACGCCCUUUCUCGAGGACCCAGCCUCGUUUCUGGCGACCUUUUUGCGGCUCGAGCGCCAGGUCUACCCGCCGCACGUGUCGCCAGACGAUCGCCACACGUGGUUUGCGUAUCGCUUGCCGCGCGUCGCCUCGAUGCUCAUCGAGUCGUUCCAAGUCUGCCCGAAUGCGCUCGUCGGCAUCCUCUUGUCCAAGCCAGCGCUAUCGCCCGUGCACGUGCUUGUGCCGGUGUUGGCGUCGCUCGACUUUCGACCGGCCAAGCUGCAGCUCGCCGUCCACAGCAUGUAUGGCCGCAUGGUCGACACGCUGCAUCGAGUGGGCAGCUACGCGGCGGCCUCUUUCCUGCACGUUCUCGAUGCCGUGGGUCUUCUUGGUAUGGAGUCGCCCCAGCUCUGGACGGACCUCGGUGUCGCCACUGUCCCGGUCCUCGCGACGCUCCUCGGGACAUGGGGCCCUCUUCGGGAGGCAGACGUGACAGCUGACAUGCUGCUCACGGUCGCCAACUACUGCGUCGUUGAGAUCCCCUUUCUCAAUUGUAUGCUCGAAGAGACGACAGCCGUGUGGUCCAACGCCCGCGACCUCUUCCCUCGCUAUCCCAAGGCGACGUACGACGACACUGACGACUUGACACAGCACCUGCUGAAGGACGCUGUGGCGCUGGUGAUCGCCAGCGGCGCGGUGCACACGUUUGUCACCUCUGUGCAUAGCUUCUUGGCCACACGACCCAUUGCUUUCCGGUACCUCUCGGGCGUCAUUCAGCUGGCUCGGGCACUGUCCAUGCAUGGCGCUCUCGGUGUGGGUCGUGCCAUCGCAGAGGCCGCACUCACAACGGUCCACGCCGAGGUGGCCGCCUGGACGUGCUUUCUCGAGUGCGCGUGCAUCCCAUGCACCGGUUUGCGCUUCUUCUUGAGCGACGCGCGCGAAGGUGUUUACGAUAUGGACGACAUGGACGCCCCCCACGUCCGCACGUCUCUCUCGCUUUUGCCUGGCUGCGAGAUUUUGCCGCACCACACGCUUCGCGUCGCCAAGGAGAACCACACCGACUACCCUGCGCUGGCCAGCAUGAUGAUCCACGAACUCCGCGCCAGCGUCUCAAACUUGUCAGACAUCUGAGCCCAUUCCAUUUUGCAGAUCUGAGUACCAGUAAUAACAGCAAGCCGCAAGAUUCUACAAGA